CGUCUGUUUGCUCUCCUUAUUGGCAUCAAUGAGUACCAAUAUUUGAGGCAUCUGAAAGGCGCUGUUCCCGAUGCUGAUGCAGUUCACGAAUUUUUACGCGCAUCGAUGGGCUGUUCGAGUAGUAGGAUCAGAGUUCUCAAGAACAAAGAGGCAACUCGGCGAGAAGUUAUAACUGCGCUUCGAGCGCUGGCAUCCAAUGAUGACAUUGAACCAGGCGAUCCUAUCCUCAUCUAUUACGCUGGACAUGGUGCGGAGGCUGAUCCUCCAGCUGGGUGGCCGGCAGGCGGGGGUCUGGCCCCAAGGAUUCAGAUGGUCUGUGCCUAUGACUUUUGUCCAAGUAGGAAUGCCUAUGAGGUCAUGCAAGGUAUCCCAGAUAUCACUGUGGCCGCACUUUUGAACCAAAUUUCUCAGGCAAAGGGGGAUAAUAUUACUGUCAUCUUAGACUGUUGUCACUCUGGCUCGGGUACUCGUGAAUACGAUAACCCGGGAGACUCGUUGGAUCUAGUCCGCGGCGUCGAUCUCCCUCAAGACUACUCUGUUCUUCCAAAUCUGGACCACGACAUACGACGGGAUUUGUCUAGUGCCCGUACAAAUCAGGUAGUGCCCGAGUACGAGCAUUGUGGGAUGCGUUCCCACGUAUUGUUGGCUGCCUGUCAGGCGGGGCAGCUUAGUACAGAGAGGGAUGGACGUGGACGGUUCACGUCUGCUCUAUUAGAUGUUCUGAGCCACUAUGGCACGGAAAACGUUACUUACGAUGGCCUCCUCCAUCUUCUUCCAGACCUUGAUAACCAGCACCCUCAGUGCGAGGGAUUCAAUAAGGACAGAAAGCUGUUCAACGCUAGGGCUUCUGUUCCGGUCUUAAUGUGUUACCAGAUGGAUGCCGGAGAGGCGUCUGGGGUGACAGAGGGUACUAUAUUCACCGCGUAUGCCGACGACGAUCGAAGCUCUCCUUCGCUUGGUGACCUCAUUGUUGUUUCUGCUGAUGCUUUUACUUCCGAGUUGGAAACUUAUUCCAGCUCGCCCCAGGGCUCUCUUGCCUUACGACCGUCAGAAAAUGCUUAUGUGUUCCAAGCCCGCAUGGCAAAAGAGCAGUGCUUGGCGUUGUCAAUCCGAAAUAACGACCCACGCCUCCUAGCUGUCUUCAAUCGACUGGAAGAGCAGAUGAAAUUCAUGGAGAUUGAGGGGAUGCCUGGGAUCAUGCUCUCUUCAUUAUCCCCGAUGAUUGAGUUGGUCAGAAGAAACGAACAAAUCGCUUUUGAGAUCCACGACCAAACCUGCCGUAAUCAUGGACUUACUGAGAUGUAUGAUCAAGUUCCUUGUGAUGCCGACGCCCUAUUCCCCGUCAUAUCCAGUGCCGCGCACUUCUUCUAUCACCUCAGGCGGGCCAACAGAUCCACACCUAUCAAAAUCGGCAGGAGAGUCCGCCUGGAAUGCUUCCGGCUGGAGGAGACUUGGGACGAUUCCCUCAGCAUGAUUAUGCGAGAAAGGGGGAAAAAUUUGAUUAUGGAUCAUUCACUAAACCUUUCUGUGGAUGACGAAUCACACGAGAAGAACUGUUUUGGCUACAAGAUUGUUAAUAAUACCAACUACCCCCUCUACGCCGCGUUGUUUUACUUCGACAUGAGCGACAUGAGUAUAGUUAGCUAUUACACUCCGAAUACAGCCAAAGAUGGCCACGCCGACGUCAGUAUUCCCCCUAAUGGCGAACUGUCAAUCGGUUAUGGAUCUGGCGGCACCCCGCCUCUUCGUUACUACCUUCGUCCCAAGCAGAAUAUCGAUGUCGGUAUCUUGAAACUCUUUCUUUCGACCAAAUGUCUACGGUUCUCUGAUAUAACUCAAGUCUCACCAUUCGAACAUCCACGGGCAGCUAUGAUUCAACCUCGUGUGAAUCAUUCACAAUGGGACUCGAUCACCUACCAUGUUAUACAGCGUCGGAGAGAGAGUAGUAAGCACAUACCUGCAAUUUUCAACGACAUAUGA